UUGUCCUUACUUCUUUCUCAUGUUCUUCUUCUCUCAGUACUCCUCUCUCUAAUUUCUCCGUUUCUUUUUGUUUUCUCCACCUUCCUUCUUCUUGUUUUUUCAAUGAGAGACAUGGACUCUCCAGAGAAAAAACAAGGCCUUCCCUCUAAUGAAGGCGUGCAGGAUAUUUUGUACACUGAACUGUGGCGUGCAUGUGCUGGGUCAUUCGUUUAUGUUCCUCGCGUUGAUGACAGGGUUUUCUACUUCCCUCAAGGCCACUUGGAGCAGGUUGCUGCAUAUACUCAGAAUCAGCCAGAUAGUCACCUGGAAAUUCCUGUGUAUGAUUUGCCUUCGAAGAUCUUAUGCAAGAUUAUGAAUGUUGAAUUAAAGGCCGAAGCUUACUCAGACGAGGUUUAUGCUCAAGUUACAUUAGUUCCGGAGGUCCAGAAAGAUAACCUUUGUUUUGAGGAGGAGGUAAACAUAGAUCAGAUACCUUCCAGAAAUGCAGCUUAUUCUUUUAGUAAGAUACUGACUCCGUCAGACACAAGUACACAUGGUGGAUUCUCUGUUCCGAAGAAAUAUGCUGAUGAAUGCUUCCCUCCGCUGGACAUGACUCUUCAAACACCAGCGCAGGAAAUUGUUGCAAAGGACUUGAAUGGAUUUGAGUGGCGUUUUCGUCACAUAUAUCGUGGUCAGCCCAAACGACACUUGCUUACUAGCGGUUGGAGCUUAUUCGUGAAUGCAAAGAAACUUGUUGCUGGAGAUUCAUGCAUUUUCGUUAGAGGGGAAUCUGGAGAACUUCGUGUUGGGAUUCGUCGGGCAGCAGAAAAUCUCAGCAAUAUAUCGCAAUCUUCAUCUCUGAUAUCGGGUCAUAGCAUGCAACUUGGAAUUUUGACUAAUGCUUCCAAUGCUGUUGGCAACAGAACCAUGUUUCUUGUCUAUUACCGCCCGUGGACAAAUCCCUUUGAAUUUAUUGUCCAUCUCCAAACCUAUUUGAAGUCAACUUUACAAGACUAUCCAAUUGGAACGAGGGUACAAAUGCAGCAUGAAGUUGAAGAAUCUUUAAGAAGACUUGCAGGUACGAUAAUUGGUAAUGAAGAUAUCGAUAGUAUUAGGUGGCCUGGUUCUGCAUGGAGACGUCUCAAGGUGCAAUGGGACGCCAUAGUAGAAGACAAAAUGCAUCCUGAAAGGGUUUGUCCUUGGUGGAUUGAGCCCUUGGAAUCUGCCAAGGAGAAGAAGCAAGUUCCUGCUCUCCCCACCAAGAAAAAGGGGCAUGCACUUCUUAACCAGCGCUCUUUGCCUGGAAUAAGUGGCUUUGGCAAGAAUGAUGUUCAUCAGAAUUCAGCUGGCCCUUCGUCUCAGACUCGGAGGGCAGAUGGAGACCUGCAAGGUCAAGAUUACAGCGGCCUAUCUCCUCCACAGCCUUUGCAAAGAGCACCAUCAACUGAUAUAAUCCGCCCAUCAAAGGUCCCAAUCCGUGGCUCGCGGUUCGGGAAGGAGAAUCGGAAUCAGCAUCCCUUUCUCAAGCAAGAUCCUCUUCAUAAAUCUCUUGGCAGAUCAAUGUCACUUACACAUGAAGACUUGUCAAUUACAAGCUCAAACCUAACUUCCAUUGGUUCUGAAUCCCUUGGAAUGCCUUCUACUGAAUCUAGAGAUGAAAAUGAUGCUCCUUUUGGGCAGCCUGGCAGUUCUAGUACAUUCAAACUUUUUGGAGUUAACUUAAUUGACAGCUCCCCUGAGAUCCCAUCGGUUAAUUUUGUUGAUCUCAACAAGACUUCAAGUCUUCCUUCUAGUCCUCCAAUGGGUGUUGCCCCAGGAAAAACAUGCAAGAAGUGUCGCUGUGUUAAUAAUCGGAGCUGCACAAAGGUGCUUAAGCUGGGAAAUGCUCUUGGAAGAGCAGUUGACCUUGCACGCUUUAAUGGGUAUACCGAACUUAUUGCUGAAUUGGACUCCAUGUUCGAUUUUCAAGGAACCUUGAUAAGCGGAGGUAGUGGGUGGCACGUUACCUGCUUGGAUGAUGAAGGAGAUAUGAUGCAACUUGGAGAUUAUCCCUGGCAGGAUUUCCUGGGCGUGGUGCAAAAGAUGAUCAUAUGUCCAAAGGAAGGUACUGACAAUCUCAAGCCAGGCUCCUCAGCUAAUCCUUGAAACCUUUAGUCGCCUACCUUUUCUCCCCUUUUCCACCAUUGCAUGCAUGCACAGUUUGCAGUACUGUGUCGUUUCUAGUUCGAAUAAAUUUCUCUUUUCCUGAGAAUCUAGGAGAUCAAUAAGUUUCUGCUAUAAAAAUAUAGCAAUCAUAGUGAAAUAAAUUUACAGAGUGGAAAAACAAAAACUGCUUUUUCUUGUUUUAAGAACCUGUUUUUCAUGAUACUUGUGGAAAGUACUCAUGAGUCAUGACCGUGAUAUGAAUAAUUGACAUAAUAAAUGCAUGGUUAUUCCGUCCUCAUGAACGGGCGUUCGAAA